AUGGCGGCUGCGGGAACCGGGUCUCCGAGCCGGUUGGUCCAGUAUGUUGUUGUCCGGUCGGAUCUGGUCCACAAGCUGUCCUGGCCCUUGGGAGCCGUUAUAACUCAGGCCUGUCAUGCAGCUACCGCCGCCAUUCACCUUCACUACGGGGACUCGGACACUCAGCAGUACCUGGCAGAGCUGGACUCCAUGCAUAAAGUGGUGUUAGGGGCUCCAGACGAGGCCGCUCUCUCCGGCCUGUCAGAGAAUCUCACGCAGGCCGGUGUCGCCCACAAGCUUUGGAUCGAACAACCAGAGAACAUCCCCACCUGCUUGGCUCUGAAGCCAUGUCCGAAAGAGACUGUCCAGCCGCUGCUGCGCAAGUUCAAACUCUUCAAAUGACGCCGGUGAAAGACUGGAGCUCUUCUUCUCCGUGCAUCCGAACUCCUCCAACAUCCAAGAUUAAAGUCUGACUUAAUUUGCUCAGGCGGUAAAAAGGAAACAGUUUUUAUGUUAACAUUGUGACAUACAAACCAGGCCAUUCAUGUUCCCACAGUGUGCUCACACAGCGAAGAAGCUGAGUUAUACUAACAUGCAUUUCAGUGGUGUAGAGAAACAGGACCAUGUGUUCUGAUGGCACCAGCUGCUGGUAUCAAAGCAGUUUUCAGUAAAUAAAUCAUCCUCGCUUCACACUUUGUCAUGAAAAUGACUCGUGAGAACAAACUGCAAGUUUAAACUUUCUCCGUAUUGCAUGAACUCAUUUCCUUUACAUCAAAUCUCUUAUCCAGUUGUGCAGAACUCCAGUCAUAUUUCUACAGAUUUAACUGUCGCUGCAAGACCUCCAAACACUGUCUGUCAUGAGUCACCUGUAAAAUAAGAUGCCAGGCCACAGUAAUACAGCGAUGCUGUCAUUAAAUGUCAGAGCUUGUUGGGAAAUGUCGGAGAACCAAACUUGAACUAUUAAAACCCAGAUAUUCUAAGAUUGCAGCUGCGACAUGAUAUGUGUCUCUUACAGAGUAUUACUUCAUAUUUACACACAGUAUUCUUGCUCAGUACACGACAGACAGUAUGUGACAGUAUUACCUCAAAGCUUUUCUGUUAACAAAAUCCUCCUUUUAGAACAGACUCAAACACAAUGAUCUUAAAAACAGUUGUAGUUCUGAACACAAACGUUGACUCUGUCUUUAUUACUCAGGUGAGCUCAGGUUUGAGUGAUGAGUGACAGUCAGUGCUCCACUGUUCUACCUGUCAAAUGGUUUUUAAUGAUCAUUGUAUGUUAAAUCGUAUCAUUACCAUUUGACAGGAGCUGCACUGAGGCGCUGACUGAGUUCUACUGAGUAGAACAGAGAUCAUAAUGUGAUCCCCCACUAGUACCAUCCAUGAUUCAUCCUUCCUCGACUACAACCGUCUUUCCUCAGUUCUCCUUUUCCUCACAGUAAAAGUGAAAUGCAUAAAUCUCCACCACUUCAUAAAUGCAGUGCAUCUAACUGCAGCCUUUUUUUCAUGUCGCUCAGUGCUGUUUUGUGUGUUUGGAAGCAGAAACGAUGCCUUAGCUGAAAUAAUGAGGAUUUUAACAUUUUCGCCUGUGGCCACAAUUGGAGAGAGACUGAGCAGGAAAAGGUAAAACAGGAGCGCUUUCACAUCUGUUCUUGUCAAUUCACCUCAUUUUCUCCGAAGCCUGCUCGGACCUGCAGUGUGGUCAUCAACAGUUAAUGCAGCUGUUCCCAAAGUGACUCCACAUGUUGUGUAUGCUUCAUGUUUGGAGGAAAAAUGCCAUAAAUCAAAGUGUCUUUAUACUCAUGAUGAAGGACCCAGCAGCGUCCACUGUAUGAGCUGCAGCAGUGAUCACCUCUCUGAUGUGCUCACCUGCUCUCUCCAUGUGAUCCAGCACUUUGACGUCUUGUUGUCGCCUCCAUUUGUCUGUGUGAAAGGGUAAAAAACGACAUUAAAACACAAAGUAACUAAAACUAAUUAAAAGUCCUCUUUAGAAUACGGAGGAAAUUAUAAGACAGUAUGUGUUUAUUUAUCUUUAUGUAAAUGUGAUGCUAUUCCCCAGUAAAUCUGCAUCAAUAGACACUAUAAAUACUGCAUAUUUAUUCUGACCUGUGCAGCUCCACGAGCAGCUGACUGUUAUCUGACAUCAACACAUAAUCACAGCAUCUGUUGGUGGCAUUUGAAUGGGAACACAUCAUUUUAAUUUUUUUACAUGUUAAUUCAUAUAUACAUUUUUAU